AUGAGUGCAACUCCACACCCGUUCAUAGAUUCAAUUGACCCUGAACCUGAGAGGACAUUUAGAGUUAGGAGAAGAGCCCAGAGAGCACAUAGGCAAAUUUCACUUCUAGAAGUUGAAGAAAUGGAGGAUUUAGGAAGUGUAAAUGGGAAUGAUGGGGUAGGAGGACCUGCAAGGAUAGAGAACCCACCUGUCAUAAAUGACAAUGAUAGGUCCAUGAUGGAAAUCAUCAUACCUGUGUUGGAUGAAUUAGAUCCAAGCAUAGCUCAACCUGUGAACGGAGUGCCCUUUAAGCUAGAACCGGUGAUGUUCACCAUGCUCCAAAAUAUGGGGCAGUUUCAUGGGUUGUUGAUGGAAGACCCACACAAGCACCUUAGAAAUUUCAUAGAAGUGGCCAACACUUUUAGGAAUCCCAACAUCUUGGAUGAUGUGUUAAGAUUGAAGUUUUUCCCUCAUUCACUGGCUGACAAAGCCAAAGAAUGGUUGAACUCCCUUCCAUCCAACUCCAUAACCAAUUGGCACACCCUUGCUGAGAAAUUCAUCAUGAAAUUUUUCCCCUCCAAUAAGAUAGUGCAAACUAGAGGUGAUAUUGCUAACUUCAUGCAGAGGGAUGGAGAGACACUAGUGGAUGUGUGGGAGAGGGCCUUGGCAGAUUCUGCCGCUAAUGGCAUGUUUAUGACUAUGUCCUUUAACCAAGCCCAUGAGUUGUUAGAACAAAUGACUCAAAAUUAUGCCCAAUGGCCUGAAGAGAGAAAUCAGCCAAGGAGAGUGGCUGGUUUACAUGAGAUAAACCCUGUAACAGCUCUUUCAGCCAAGUUUGAUGCAUUGUCAAAUUUAGUGAGAACCCAAGAACAAACCAUUGAGGCAAGAUUGUCCCAACCCCAAGUUCCUCUACCUACACCUCAAAUACCUGUGACCCAACCUCAAGUUAAUCAACCUUUUGCUCAGCCUAGUGAGCUGCCUAUUGCUCCACCAUCUUCCUUAGAAGCUUUGUUAAGGGAAUAUUUGGUUAAGAAUGAGACCAAGCAAAACAGCUUGGAAGCUGUUGUGCAAAGUAUUCCAGCAUCCUUGAGGAACAUAGAAUCCCAACUAGGCCAUUUAGCAAACACUAUGAAUACCAGACCCCCUGGUACCUUGCCUUGCAACACUGAAGAGCCUAGGAGAAAUAAAGAGCAAUGCAAUAUGAUAGAUCUUAGAAAUGGCAGAUCUCUAAAUCAGCCAGAAGCUGUGGUUAGACCUUCCACAUUAAAAAAAAAAGAGAAGAUGAGAACAUGCAGAAAGCUUCCCUCAAAGGUUACAAAAACAGAAGCAAGAACUCAAUUUAGGAAAUUUCUAGACCUCCUAAAACAGUUGCAUGUCAACAUUCCAUUUAUGGAUGCAUUAGAACAAAUGCCCACUUAUGUGAAAUUCAUGAAAGAAAUUCUUUCAAGAAAAAGGAGGCUAGAAGAGUUUGAGACUGUUGCUCUUACACAAGAGAGCAGUCAAUAUCUGCUUA